CGAGGCUCGGGCCCCGCCGCAGGGAGGGUGCGGCCCCGCCCGCGCGGUCGCGGGCCGGCUGCCCCCUGCAGGAUGGUGAGGGAACUGCGCCGGGAGCGGGCCCUCUGCGUCGUGCAAGAAUAAUAAACGGAUGAAGGAACUGGAGCAAGGCCUGUUGAUGCAGCCAUGGGCCUGGCUACAACUUGCUGAGAACUCCCUCAUGGUCAAGGCUUAUAUCACCAAGCAGGGGUACGCCUUACUGGUUUCAGAUCUUCAACAGGUGUGGCAUGAAGAGGUGGAUGCUAGUGUGGUCAGCCAGCGAGCCAAGGAGCUGAACAAGCGCCUGACAGCUCCACCUGCGGCUUUUCUCUGUCAUUUGGAUGAUCUGCUUCGCCCACUGUUGAAGGACACUACUUUCCCCAGCGAAGCUAUGUUCACCUGUGAUCAUGUGGCCGAGGCACUGAUACUACGGGUGCGGAGUGAACUCUCUGGUCUCCCCUUUUAUUGGAAUUUCCACUGCAUUCCUGCUAGCCCUUCCCUGGUCUCCCAGCAUUUGGUUCGUCCUCUCAUGGGCAUGAGUCUGGCCUUGCAGUGCCAAGUGAGGGAACUAGCAACCUUGCUUCGCAUGAAAGAUCUAGAGAUCCAGGACUACCAGGAGAGUGGGGCUGUGCUGAGUCGAGAUCGGUUGAAGACGGAGCCAUUUGAAGAAAAUUCCUUCUUGGAACAAUUUAUGGUAGAGAAACUACCAGAGGCAUGCAGUGUAGGCAACGGAAGACCCUUUGUCACAAAUUUACAGAGUCUGUAUAUGGCAGUCACCAGACAAGAGAUCCAAGUGAGACAGGAGCAUCUAGGCACCGAGGACCUUCAGCCAUCAAGCAGUGCCUCCCCACCAGGAGCUGAAAACCAACUUGUGAACCAGCCCAAAGAGCUGAUCUCUUCGGCACCAUCCCUCCCAGUGCCUGAGAAAGAGUCCACAGGUACUUCAAGCUCUAGGCAGAGGCCUCAGCUGUCAAAGGUGAAGAGGAAGAAGCUAAGGGGGCUCUUCAAUUAACCUGUCACUGUCUCAACUGCUGAGGACGGACUUGGAGAAUGGUUUCCUCGUGGCACCUUGAAAGGAGCUCCCAUAGCAGCAGUAUCUCCGAGACAGUGUUAUAUAGUCAGAGUCCCCGCUGCAAGGGUGAAAUAGCAGGAGUUCAUGUGCACAGGCAUGGGUCCUGUUAACCCAGGGAAUCUUGGCUCCCACCCAUUGGGCAUUGACCUUCCCUAUCCAAGUGGAAGCCAGCUUCUGAGAACCCCAUACCUUCCUCUCUUUUGUUGGAGGUUCUCCAGACCCAGGAUCCUCCCAUGGACUUUAGGUACAGAGGGCAAGUCAGCCAAAAUGCACAACAUGCUCAGGAAGCCUCAUCUACCUUUCUCAAGAGUCCCUUGCCAGUCCCAGGUGCUCCUCAGAGACGCACUUCUCUUUUAAGCCUGGAAUAAAAAAUCCUCUGCUUUUGA